GCCAGUGAUUUUUUCGUCUUUAAACUUUGUGGCGGAGUAGCACGAAAAUCGGUACUACAUAGUGAUCUCUGCGGACGAGGCGCCUUAUGUAAUUACGAUAGAACUUCACUAGCAGAAUGUUGAGUCAGAAUAUUUGGAAUGAAUAGUAUGUCUGCAUUGUCUGCUCACAAGUAUACGUCACUUUCAAUGAGUUUAUUCGAUUUCGGAGUGAAAUAUCAGCAGAUUCAGUACUGACAAUUGAAUUCGGAAUACAGCCUUAGUUCCUGAAAUCCUGAAUUGCUUACUGUGGCCAGUGUCCGCAAUAUCGGAACUAUUCUAUCCACCUUGAUGUCAUCGCAACUUCAGAAGAUGACCUUGACUGGACCUUGACUAGUUGAUAGUUGAUUGGAGUUUGUUGGUUUGGCGUUUGGCACAUGUUUGUCAGUUAUAAAAACAUAAACGAUAAAAAAUUUAAAAUUUCAAAAAAAGUCAUUGUUUUUUAAUUGGAAAUAAAGAUCAUAGUGGAAUGGAUACAAAAACUAGAUGAAAAGUGAAAUGAAAUGCACAUGAGAAGAAUUUCGUGGAGUGAUCAGAGAAAAGUUAAUUUUAUUAAUAUUCAUAUUUUGAAGACAACAUGACUGAGGAUACGUUUGCCUUGAGAUCAGUUAGCCCCAAUUUCUUCGGUAGACCCUCAAUGCCAUUUCAAGAUCUUGGUCGUGAAUCGCUCGGCAUCUUACCAUGUGACUUUGGAAGAGAUUCCUUAGGAUUCCUGAAUAUCACUUCCACUAUGAACAUAGAAUCCUCUAGUUUUGAACAUUUUCCACAUAUCUCUGAUUUUAGACCGGAUUCUUUAGACUGUGGAAAGGAAUCACUUGGAAUUUUGAAUCAGAGCAUGCUUGAUCUCAACUUUGGAGAAGUUCUUAAUACAGCUUUUGUAUGUCCAGGUUCCUUUUUAGACAACAAGGAAAAAACACCUUUAAUAAAAUUGACAACUAUAAAUGAAUCUAAUGAUGGAGUUUUCACUGAGGCUAUAGAUACAUCAGCUUUCAUAUUUCCAAGUCCCAGAAGACCUAUAUUAUCUAGCAUAUCUUCCCAAAAUUCUGGUGCCCCAUCUUUCAACAGCUGUAGCUUGGAUGGACCUUCUAAGAUUUAUAGUGUAUCUAAAAGUGAAUAUACCUUUCCAUCAUAUAAUAAUAUGGAUAUAUCCCUGGGGAACUCUGAUUUAAAUAAGGCAAAAUUUAUGAGUGAUACUGAAAUUGAGGAACAAAGAAAAAGGAUUAAGUCAAUGCCAAAUGCAGAUCCUGAUAUUGGGAGCAUUGAUUCACAUGGUUCCAAAAAUUUCUGGAGUACUGGAAAACCAAAUCCAGUGGGAAGUUUUUCAAGAGCAAGUUUUCCUGGUGAAAAACUUGAUUUUGAUGAUAACAAAGAGGAUAUUUUUUACAAUGCAAUGUUCAUCGAGGGAAGUUAUAUUGCACAAAAAAACGCUGAUGGGUCCAUAUACAAUGACUCUUACGUUCUCGAUAGUACACCUCAACCUAGCUGGCCUAGUGACCUAGAUGAAAGUGUUGACAAUGAGAAGAAACUUGUUAACACUGAAACCGUAUUCAAGACAGUUGAUAAAUUACUUCCCGAAGGUCUACAUAUCAGUAAUGAAUUCAUGAAACCACAAAAUUUCGAUAGCCCGAAUGAACCAAAAGAUGUUAAAGGGAUUCUACAAAAUUUAUCAGAAAUAUUGAAUAUCACUCAUCGCAGUGACCAGGAAAAAUCUCAGGGCCAGAAUUUGCUGUCCAGCCUAGCGGAAAUGCUUCACGGCAGCUCUUCCGGAAGCAAACCACAGAACUUGGAUGAUUCGGGGCAUUCAUCCUUUGUCGAGCAAAAUGAAUCUCCUAAUCAUGAAAAAUAUGAAUGCUACGAGAUACUGGACCUCAGCAAAAAAAGCUUGGAUUCUGAUAAAAUUAGAUCUUUUGAUAACAUCCUUGAUUUAUCCUCGAAAGUAGAAAAGAAAAUAAAUCCGAGACUUUCUCAAUCUUUUUGCACCAUACCUCCAUCAAUUAGAGUCACCAAACCUUAUAUUAAAGUGAGAAAUUCUUCUGCAUCUGGACUAGGGUCGAUCAAGAAUGAAUCUGGAACCAGUAAUUUGUCUUCAAAAAGUAAUGAUAGUCAAGGAUCGGGAAAUAAUUUACCAAAGAUAUUCAAGUCUAAACCAUCGUCUGCCAUAGCAAAUAAGGGACCUUUGAAGGCUAUCAUUCCUGUAAAAGAUAUGAGAAGGAAUAGUCUGAAUACUGCUGUUACUCCUGAAAAGUCACAGCAACCCUCAGGAUUAUCUUUGAAGUCCAAACGAACAAGUACCCCUAUCAAUGAACCCAAACUGAAACCUGUAGCUGCAUCAACGCCAACUUUUCAACCCACAGUAAAUAAACAAGUUAAAGGGAGUAAGAGAAGGUCUUUGCCUGGCAAUUCAUCUAGUGAUUUGGCUUCAGAAAAACAGAGUAAACUACCAGAAUCACCAAUCAAUCGAAAAUCACUUACCAAUCCGCUGACAAAAAACGUUCCUUUAGAGAAGCAGAAAAAAAUUGUUGAAUUGCCUAAAUAUCAAAAAUCACCUGCUAGUUCUAGUGUGAAUCUCUCAAGGAGCAAAGUCAAUUCAAAAUCCGAGGUGGCUCCCAAACUCGACACAAAACCAGUGAGAAGAAACAGUGUUAGCAAAUCCGAGGUGACUGCCAAACUUGACACGAAACCAGUCAGAAGAAACAGUGUUAGCGAAAGCAACUUUGGUGGUGGUAAUAAACUACAACGCAGUAACUCAUUGGGUAAAGAGACUGGAAUUAUGUCUUCGUUGAGCAAAGUCCGAGAAAAUUUAAUGAAAUCUGCAUACUUUCAAGGCGAAAGGAAGGCAUUGCUUGAAAAUAACAACGGCGGGACACGUUUCAAGAAAACGGGUAGUGAUCCUGCUAUUAAUGCAUCCAAAACGUUACCUAAAUCCAGAAUCUCAAAUAAGGAAAAUGCCAAGUGAAAUUUACCUACAGAAUUGAAUAUAUAUAAAUGGUCUGGGUAGUUACUAAUGUCCAUUAUUUAUUAUUGAAAUCGUGUGAUAUUUGUUGUGAUUUUUUAAGUUUUAUUACUUGAUUUUCAAUUUUAGUUUUGAUAUUCGAAAUAAAUAAUUACUUUUGUAUUUUUAUAAUCACAUCUAUUUUAUUGAGUAAAAAAUAUAACUAUUUCCACAGACAAUAAGAACACUACUUAUCAUAAGAUACAAUGGAUGAAAAUACUAGUUGAAUAAUCAGAUCAUUAUUUAUCAUGUU